AUGUUAGGAGCGCAGGCUCAUUAUCUCUUCAAGCACGGUCAUAUACCAGAAAGUUUGGGCGGUCUGACGCCUACUGCUGAGGAGGCUGCCUUGUUACGGAAGCGCCCUCUGGACGAUUCUGCGGGGUGCAGUUCUAAUUUCUCCGAUUCGUCGGACACUAGCGUUGAGUCAACCCGUCACGUGAACAUGCGACGCACGUCUCGCCAAGCAAUCCGAUGCACCCGAAAGCUCGGUCCCAUGAUUCGAUUCCCACAGGCAUUACGGGCCGGGCAACCUGUCGGUUCGGCGUCAUCUUCUCAAACGGACGAUGCAUGUACUCGGGAGAUACCCUCAAAACAGCGAUCAACGGAUUCUUUUCCCUCCUCUGAGUCCCAUAAGCGCAUAAGAAAGACACGAUCUAAGACGAACUCGGUCGACUCUACUGAGCUGCCAAAUCCUAGCGGUGAUGCACCAUCGCACACCAAUGCGGAACAGGUGCCGCACAGUGAAGCGUGCUGGGUGCUGCGGCCCUCCCAAGGUGGUACUUGUCCCUCGUCAUCGGUCUACCAAUGCAAGUUGUGUCAACCUGUUUGUUCCAGGCUGUUCAAUUUACCACGACAUCCCAAACAAGCACACAGAGAUGUGUUUCAGUUCUAUUGCGGGUAUUGUGGUUUCCGCGCCGAUGCUCUAGGUGCAUUGGAUGAACACUUGGCGCGCCACCUUCGACUCAAGCAGUUUGCUUGCGAGAAUCUCGGCUCUCAACUUCUCACUCCACCUACCGAUUCGAGUCCUACAAUCAUUUCACCAUCUGCUGGGGGUUUUUCGCAGUAG